CCUCACCUCACCGAGCUUGCCUGGGCCUUUCUGUUCGUAUAUAUCUUACAACAGUUAACCUCAAGAUGGCUGCUUCCAUCAUGGAACCCCUCCAACAACAUAUUAUCACCCCUCUCCAACCUUACCUCCGCCAGAUCGUCUCGUCGCUGCCGGAACCGGUCCACGAUACCGUCACUUCGCUAAUCGGAUCAUCCUGCCACAACGCUCUCUUGGUUGAUCUCGAUGUCACCAAAGAUCCUGCCUGUACAUCCCUUGCCAUCUCCAAGGCGCUAGGAAUUGCCAUCGUGGGUGCCAGCGCUAUCGUGAAGGUUCCCCAGAUUCUGAAGUUGAUCGGAUCUCGGUCCUCGGCCGGCGUGUCCUUUGUCUCGUACGCUCUCGAAACCGCUAGCUUGCUCAUCACUCUGUCAUACAGUGUGCGCAAUCAGUUCCCUUUCAGCACUUAUGGCGAAACUGCGUUGAUCGCCGUACAAGAUGUAGUGGUGGGUGUCCUGGUGUUGACCUUCGCCGAUCGGCCAACUGCGGCUGCGGCGUUCAUUGCCGUUGUUGCGGCCAGCGUGUACGCAUUGCUGUUCGAUCAAACUUUGGUGGAUGUGCAGACCAUGUCCCUUUUGCAGGCUGGUGCUGGUGCCCUGGGCGUUGCGAGCAAGUUGCCCCAGAUCAUUACCAUUUGGCGUGAGGGAGGCACUGGACAGUUGAGUGCUUUUGCGGUAUUCAACUAUCUUGCCGGCUCUCUGUCCCGUAUCUUCACCACCCUCCAAGAGGUAGACGACAAGCUGAUUCUCUAUGGCUUCAUUGCCGGCUUCACUCUAAACGUGAUUUUGGCAACGCAAAUGGUGUACUAUUGGAAGGCGCCGGCGAAGCCCAAGAAGGCGAAGAAGGCAGCCCCCAAGCCCGUGGAGAGGACUCCUGUUGCACGGAGCUCGGGCGCAUCUCCUUCUCCCAAGCCGUCUGGAAAGACCCCGACUACCCGACGCCGUGGUUAGGUUCGCUAUUGAUUACUUUUCUCAGUAUGCAGUUUUAAUGAUACAACG